AGCGGAGUACUAAUCAUUAAAACAAAUCAUUCACCUAAAAGAGAAGGAAUGCAGGUGUCGUGCACGUUGGAUUCAUCCAUGUGUUUUACAAUUUCGAUUGACAUCACUUUGUGUGGGAAUGCUCUGUGUCACGCCUGGGACAAGAGUUUUUGGUGGACCAAAUAGACAUUUGUGCUUGAACGUGAGGACACGCGCGCACUCAUAAUGUUUUGCGCAAAACUAAAGGAACUAAAAAUUCGUGGAGAAUGCCCAUUCUCCAUGGUGGUGCAAAAAGAGGAACAAGGGGACUCCGUGGAAUGUGCAAGCACCAGUGAUCUUCCAGGGGACACGUUGCCUAUAUCAAAUGAGAUGUGCGGCUCUCUACCGGGGAUCGUACCUCAGCGAAAGACGAGCAGAAGCAAAGUUAAUCUGCAUACAUUAGGAGAGAGCAUUCGCAAAUUAGUGUGCCCAGAGUUUCAGAGGCUGCGUACUGCUUUCUUAAGAAUGAUGAAGCAGCAUAAAUUAGACACGAUGUGCCCUGCAGCAGUCUGUGCAGAUGUUUGUCAAGAAAUGAGCUUCAGAAAUGCAGAGGACAUAAAGGAGGUCAUGAAGAAUUACUCUAAGAAAUCAGGCAUACCGAUGGAUACGUUGAAAGUGUUGCUCGGGGUUGAGAUAUUCAAAACAUGCUAUGAGGAGGACGGACAUAUUUUGGGCGUAGUCGGGGGGGCGCUCCACGACUUCCUGAACAGCUUCAACGUCCUUUUAAAACAAAGCACGCCACUGAGCCCAGACGGGUCGGGCUGUGUAAAGGAAGCCUCUGUGCUCUGCUUGGAUAAAGACCCGGGCCUCCUGACUGUGUACUACUUCAAUCCCCACCAAGCGACGGAACUUUUCUUCCCGGGAAUAAUCAAAGCGGCUGCCAGGGUGCUGUAUAAGACCCAUGUGGAGGUGGUGAUGGAGCAGUCAUGCAGCAAGGAGAGCAGCCUGCAGGCCCGCGGCCAGCCCCACCUGCUCUACUCCGUACAGGUGACGGACACCCGGCGGCUGACCCCCAGCCCGCUGAAGACGCAGUCCGCGGCGGGCAUACCCAUGUCCUUCUUCUACUCCACUUUCCCGUUCCACAUCAUGUUCGACCAGGACAUGAGCCUGUUGCAAAUCGGCGAUGGUUUGAGGAGAAGGUUGCUCCGCAGAGAUGUCCAGAGACGGCCACACUUUGAGGAGCAUUUCCUGAUCAUAUCCCCACAGAUCAGGAGCACCUUCCAGGGGAUCUUAACCAUGCUGAACACACAGUUCAUUUUACGAAUUAAGCAGGGAGCAACACCUGCGGAUGGCAACACUGAGAAAAAAAAGCUCAUGGACCUGAAGGGGCAAAUGAUCUUCAUUUCCGAGUCAAACAGUGUGCUGUUCCUGGGCUCCCCGUGCGUGGACAAGCUGGAGGAGCUGACGGGGCGGGGCCUCUAUCUCUCCGACAUCCCGAUCCACAACGCCCUGCGGGACGUGGUCCUGGUGGGCGAGCAGGCCAAGGCCCAGGAUGGGCUGAAGAAGAGGCUGGGGAAGCUGAAGGGUGCCCUGGAGCAGGCCCACCAGGCCCUGGAAGAGGAGAAGAAGAAGACCGUGGACCUGCUCUUCACCAUAUUCCCCCGGGCGGUGGCCCAGCAGCUGUGGCAGGGCCAGCAUGUCCAGGCCAAGAAGUUCGAAAACGUCACCAUGCUGUUCUCCGACAUCGUGGGCUUCACGGCCGUGUGCGGGCUGUGCACACCCAUGCAGGUGGUCACCAUGCUGAGUGAGCUCUACACCAGGUUCGACCACCACUGCGGAGUCCUGGACGUAUAUAAGUUGGAGACGAUCGGGGAUGCGUACUGCGUGGCCGGCGGGCUGCACAAGGAGAGCGAGACUCACGCGACUCAGAUCGCACUGAUGGCGCUGAAGAUGAUGGAGAUGUCAGACGAGGUCACGACCCCCACUGGGGAGCCAAUCAGGAUGCGGAUAGGACUCCAUUCUGGCUCUGUGCUUGCUGGUGUGGUGGGAGUCCAAAUGCCUCGGUACUGCCUCUUUGGUAAUAAUGUUACACUGGCAAAUAAGUUUGAGUCUUGCAGUGUUCCGGGAAGAAUCAACAUCAGCCCUACCACGCACAGACUGUUAAAAGGUCAACCAGAGUUUAGGUUCAUCCCCAGGACCAGACAGGAUCUGCCACCAAACUUCCCUUCAGACAUUCCCGGUAUCUGUUACUUCUUGGAAGCGUUUGAUCAACGCACCAGCAGCACUGCAAAUGAUUGAAACAGAAGAACAUUGACAUGGAGAUAUACACCUUACAGGGGAACAAUUACUCAAUGGGCAUACGAAGCAGUGUUUUACAUAGUUAUUGUACAUCUAUUGAUGUGGUAAUGGAAAUUGUAAUAAUCAUGAUGUUAAUUUGCUAAAUGGGGGAAACAACCUAUUUUUAAGCUGCCAUUGUACGCUAUUUGAUUCACGCCAUGACACAUACUAUACUUCUAAUCUUGCACAGUGGAUUUUAUGCUGAUACUACCACUUAACUAGACCACAGCAAAUAAACCUUUCAU